AAGUAGCAUGGGAUUUUAUUACCAAGCAACAGAGACCAGGGCAUACCGGCGAAUUGGUAAAAACAGUAGUACAUUCUACCAUCGACUUUAAACACAUUCAGAAGACAAAUGCCAAAUAAGCCUUCGCCAAGACUCUGCAUUCCGUUGUCGUCGUAGUUAUACUGUGAGAAGUUAUUUUCUGCAUGAAACAGGAUCGAAUCGAGCAGGUUGCUCUGUCAUGAAUAAAUUUAAAGAUAUCCCGUUAGCUGCGACAGAAAUGCACGCGAACAAUCACCAAAAUCACGACUCUCACUGUGGAACCGAUGUGGCACGUGCACGCUGGGCUCUUCUGCGACAGGUUCUGAAACAGAAGCAGCUCGACAGUGCGGAUGUUCAGCAGGUGUCAGUGAGAAGAUUCUCCUCCUUCAACCUGUUCUCCAGGAGCAGGGUCACUCCCACAGAGACCGACGAGCCGUCGGAAGGGCAGUGGGUGGAGUACAGAAGUGCAAUCUUUCCUCAGUACAGUGCCUUACUCAGAGACAAUCUUGGUCCCAUUAGAGUGGAUGAGGUGCUCAGCAGCUUUGACAACACAGGAAAUGUCUGUGUCUGGCCUUCUGAAGAGGUGAUGGCCUACUAUUGCCUGAAGAAACGUCACAUGUUUAAGGGCUCGGCGGUGUGUGAGCUGGGUGGAGGAAUGACGUGUCUUGCGGGGCUCAUGAUUGCAGUUUGUGCCGAUGUGAAGGAAGUGCUGCUAUCUGAUGGCAACGAGAAGGCAAUUCAAAAUGUGCGCAGUGUGAUCGAGAGGAACAGACGAGAAGGGCUCUUCCUGUCUACCAAUGUGUCCAGCAGGGUGGUGAGAUGGGACAAUGAGGCCGAUGUGUCCGCUCUGGAGAGUCGCUUUGACGUGGUGAUGUGCGCUGACUGUCUGUUUCUUGACCAGUACAGAAGCAGUCUGGUUGAUGCACUAAGAAGAUUACUGCGACCUGAUGGCACGGCUCUAGUUUUUGCCCCUACCAGAGGAGACACACUGGCAGAAUUCUGCAGACUGGCAGAAACUGCAGGCCUGAGAGUGUGUCGCUAUGACAACUACGACUCACACUUGUGGGACCUUCAUCUGAAGAUGCAGAGAGAAGGAAAGGAGGUGUAUGAUGAGAACAUCCACUAUCCUCUUCUCCUCACUCUCACUCACGGAUCCAGUCCAGCCCUGAUCUGAGCUGGGCAGAGCCAUCCCAUGCCAGGCUGCCUUUCUGUACCGCCCACCCCGGCUUUGCCACUGUGUGUGUGUGUGUGUGUGUGUGUGUGCCAGGACUAAACAGCCUCUUAUUACACUCCUCAACUCGUAUAACUUUUUUAACUACCGUGUGUGUGUGUGUGUGUGUGUGCAGUGAAAACAGACUAUGUAGGUGAGUUGCCGUGUGUGUGUGUGUGUGUGUGCAGUAAAAACAGACUAUGUAGGUGAGUUGCCGUGUGUGUGUGUGUGUGUGUGUGUGUGCGUGCGCACUUGACCUGUUUACUGUGCAACAGCAGUGUGAAAUGCAUUAAAUGGGAAUGGAGAACACAUCCCUCCCUCUCAUCCUACAAACACUGCGGAUGUGACGCUCAGAUAUGAACUCAUUCGUUGCCUGUGAGUAUGCGUGAUAUCAGAGAUGAUGUUUCAGGGCAGAAUGUUAUGAAUUUAUGACUCUGGAGGCUGAUACAGCUAAUCAGGUUCGCAGGACUAUCUUCUCCUCUUUACAAAGACGUAAAUGAGGCCGUAGGGUCGUCUUGAUCAUAGGAUCUUGUUAUCAUAAUGACACCAGCUCUCAGUUAGCUACUGAUUCUGUAUCUACAUUCAAAGGUUCAUUCUGACACCAAAGGUUAUGAGGGGUUGAGAUGGAUGCUGCUGCGCUGAAUGUUAUUUGCUUCACUGUGAAAUGCUCUCACCUGGCAUUUUUUUAAUCGAAGAACUGACAAGAUAUGACAGAUUAGGCCAGACUAAGACUGAAUUGAUGUCUUGACAGCGUCCCACUACCACUGGUAAGACCUGCAGCACUGUUCUCCUGUAUAUUUAGAGCGCACUCACUGUGCAUGCUGGACUAAUGGCCUCAUAAAGAGAUGAAAACGGUGUCCUCAUUUAUCAUGUCCUUUGAAACCCAUUUGAUUUUCUUUUAACCAUAGAAUGUAAAACAUGUUGUUUAUAGCAGAAUGUCCAAAUUGGCCAUUUCUACACAAUAGAGGUGAAUGGUGAUCAUAACAGUGAUCUUUUUUGCACACAAAUGCAUAUUAAAAUAAAAGCUGAAAAGCUGGGUGGACUGGGUGCCAUUUUGCCAAUUGUUUUUGGAACUUGACCGUCUCUGGUCAUCAUUUAUUAUAUAGAAAAGAGCAGCAUGGACAUUCUGCAAAACUUCUCUUUUUAUGUUCCAUGAAGAAAAGAAAAUGUGUGUUUGGAAUAACAUGAGGGUGAGUAAAUUGAUGAUUUUAAAUUUAAAUUGAAUUAAUUAGUGUAUACAGUUCAUAUGAGUUCUGUGUAGAUGCUCCUUUCGGCCAUGGAAUAAAGAAAAUGUAAUGUGAUUCGAAUUCUUGCUUGUUACAAUUGAUGAUGAUGAAAUGAUUCCGACUCAAUUCUGAUACGUUUCUCAAUCUCGCAAUUUAGAUUUUUAUUCUCCUAAUGAAAAGAGAUAAACUUUAACUAAAUAUAAAGUCUGAAUUAUGAUAUAAAAAGUCAGUAGUCACCUUUUAUUUACUUGUUUAUUUUAUUUUAUCCUAUGGUGCAAACGGGCUUCAGUAGUUCUGUUUUUGGAAAUCAGGGGAAAUACAGAAAUAGUUUUUUGGUGUACAUUUAGAAGAAAAUUAUUUUACAUCCAAAUAUUGAAUACUAAACUCUAAGGCUACUUUAACAAAUAAAUCUUUGGUUUAUUUUCUAUUUUUCCCGCCUAAACUGUAACCUUUCUCCCCACUGUUUUCUCGUGAUGGUGAGCUGCUGAUGCCUCAUUCAGAGCUCUUUGGUUUGUUGUGAAAUGUUCAGGGCUGUGUGCUUCUGCACUGUGAUUACAUUUGUACAAAACACAGAUGAGUCCAAAGUGAUUGUUUCUCACUGACACUGCAGGUGCUUGUAACGACUGUGAUUAAAUCAUUGUUUUCAAUC